CUCUACUCGUCACUCUGCUCCCCCGGAAAAGCAAAGCCGUCAAGUUCGAAUUUUUACAUUUUUUUACAAUAAACUCCGAUACGAAUCUGAGAUUAAAAAAAUUGGAACUACAACGCCACCAAUGGAUGAUGAUAGUGGCAGCUGCUGGGACUAUAUCGACGUCGGCACGCUUCUCAACGACGUCGCUUCCUCUGAUUUCAAUUGGGUCGAUCAAUGUUCUGUCCCAGAAUUUGAUGCUCCAGUUUCUAGUGGUGCUGCACCAGAACCAGAAGGCAAGGAAUGUGUUGAGAAAUCAUGCACGAGAAAGAGGGGCCGCAAUGAAUCAUGUGGCAGCAUCGGAAACAAAGCAUGCCGUGAAAGGCAACGCAGGGAAAAGUUGAAUGAAAGAUUCAUGGAAUUGAGUUCUACUUUAGAACCAGAAAGGCAUGCCACCUCUGACAAAUUAGCCAUACUUGGGGAUGCCAUUCGUGUUUUGGACCAGCUUAAUACUGACAUACAGGAGAACAAAGAGACAAAAGUGAAACUAGAAGAAGAAAUAAAAACAUUAAAGGCAGAGAAGAAUGAACUCCGUAAAGAGAAACUUGCAUUAAAAGCAGACAAGACACUGAUGGAGCAGCAAUUGAAAACCAUGACAAGUUUGCCCGCUGGGUUCAUGGCAGCCCACCCUGGAGCUGCAUAUCCGGCUGUGCCCAACAAUAUGCCGGCACACCCUGGAGUAACAUAUCCAGCUGUGCCAAACAACAUGCCGGCACACCCUGGAGCAUAUGCAGCUCUUCCAAACAAUAUGCCAGUCUACCCUAGCUAUGGUGUCUUUCCGAUGUGGCAUUACCUACCACCAUCCGUACGUGAUACAUCUCAUGAUCAUGAGCUCAGACCGCCUGCAGCUUAAGAGGAGAGAGUUACAGGAAACCUUCAGCAUUCAAGAAGCUUGACAUCCAAAUGUAGCUGUACCUUCUGCAUCUUGGUUUUUUUUUCGUUAAAAACUUGAAUUUUAGAUUAUAUGUGGUCGCAUAGAUUAUUGUCUAGAAACUAGUUCUGCUUAAUGUUGGAUUAUCUAGUCACAUAUUAGUUGACUAUUUCUCUCAGAUUACCAGGUGAAAUUGAUAUACAUUGGUUAUCCCCUUAAUUUGUGAUGUGUCUGGUUUUUACUAGCCAAAUAUAAGAAACCAACAUUUUGAGCAA